CUUAUCAUCAUCAAGUCGGACGAGAUGACCUACCGGUCCAGCAAGAGACCGUGAAUGGCGGGGAAAGAUGGUAUCAGGUAUCCGAGCGAUGAGGGACGUGAAUGAAGAUAUAUUGACUCCUUCCUCGCCUCCCCCAACGUCGCCCCGAUUUUACUUCCAUCAAUAUCGAGACACUGCUUGACCAUCCAUUCAGUCUCAAACGUUCCCGAAUUACCGCACGAUAACCAUGCCUCCAGUAGCACUCUCCUCCUCCCCUCCACGGGAACCCAGCAUCCUCGCCUCGAACGGGCAGACAUAUGCGCUGAGCGGCGUCGUCUCCGCCCACGCCAACCCAACCGACAACUCCUACCGCGGCUACGACCACGUCCACUGGUGGGUCGGCAACGCAAAGCAAGCAGCCGCGUACUACAGCACGCUGUUCGGCUUCCGGUCACUAGCUUACAAAGGUCUCGAGACCGGCUCUCGAUGUUUCGCCUCGCACGCGAUCUCGAACGGCCACGUCACGUUCGUGCUCACGUCGCCGCUGCGGUCCCCCAGCGCCGAGGACAUCAGCGACGAAGACCGCGUGCUGCUAAGGGAGAUGAAUGCCCACCUGGCUGCCCACGGCGACGCGGUCAAGGACGUCGCGUUCGAGGUCGACGAUGUAAACGCUGUGUACAGCGAGGCCGUGGCGAACGGCGCAGUGGGACUGAGUGCGCCGAGAAUCGAGAGUGAUAAAGACGGCGAGGUAGUAAUGGCGACAGUAAAGACGUACGGAGACACCACGCACACAUUGGUGGAACGGAGGGGGUACCGCGGCCCGUUCCUCCCUGGAUACCGAAAGUCGACGAGGACGGUGCCGUCGCUCCUGCCUGAAGUCAAAUUGGAGGCAAUCGAUCACUGCGUCGGAAACCAGGACUGGGGCGAGAUGGAGGAUGCAUGCGACUACUACGAAAAAGCGCUCGGCUUCCACCGCUUCUGGAGCGUCGACGACAAAGACAUCUGCACUGACUUCUCGGCUUUGAAGUCAGUAGUGAUGGCGUCACCAAACGAGCUCGUAAAGAUGCCUAUCAACGAGCCAGCGCACGGAAAGCGCAAGUCACAGAUCGAAGAGUACAUCGACUUCUUUGGCGGGGCGGGAGUGCAGCACAUCGCGCUGCGGACGACGGACAUCAUCUCGGCGGUGACGAACCUCAAGGCGCGCGGCGUCGAGUUUAUCAGCGUGCCGGAUACGUACUAUGAGGCGAUGCGGAAACGGCUGGCUAUGAGUAAACUCAAGGUGCUCGAGGACUUUGAGACGCUCGAGAGACUGAAUAUCCUCCUCGACUUUGACGAGGGCGGGUAUCUCCUCCAGCUGUUCACGAAGCCGCUGAUGGAUCGCCCCACUGUCUUUAUCGAGAUCAUUCAGCGGAACAACUUCUCCGGCUUCGGCGCGGGGAAUUUCAGGAGUCUCUUUGAAGCGAUUGAGAGGGAGCAGGCCAUGCGGGGGAAUCUGUAGAACAGGAACCACAUGAUCCAGGUUGUUUCUUUUUUAUUCUCUUUGUUUGAUAUUAUUCCGAGCAGGCUUUGUUCUUUUUUUCGGUUUUCUUUUUCGGAUUUCUUUUUCG